GGCGGUGGUACAGGCAAGCAGCUAGGCGGCGAUACAGGCGAGCACCCGGAGCGGUGGUGCAGGCAAGCAGCUAGGCAGCUGGGCAGUGGUGCAGGAGAGUAGCUGGUUAGUCGGCUGAUGAUUGGCAGUCCGGCGUGCAAUCUGGUGGCUGCAUGGACCACCUCGAACCAGUGCCCCAGUAUGGAUUUGGCACUAUGGUCUGCGUGUCUAGCGUCGAUGGAUGGAGCCACAGUAUGCCAUUGUCAUCCACCACCGAAUCAAAGAAGGGCGCCGGUCUGGCCCUUGGCAUGGUGAAGUGGGAGUUGACAGAGAGACUAAGGGAGUGCUGGUCUAGUCCUUCGGUAUUGGUCCGACCUUCUGUUACGGACAGACAGGCAGGAGACACUGAUAUGGAGAUGGAUGGCUCUUUAUUAGGUUAUAUUAUGGGAAGACAGGUGUGCAGGUAUGGAGAUGGGGAAGACUCGCUGGCAUGGAGAUCGUUGGAGAAGGAGAUUUGGGGAGAAGGAGAUUGCUGGAGAAGGGGAUCGCUGGAGAAGGGGAUCUGCAUUGUUGCAUGGGGCGUCCUUGCACCAAACGAGGUCGGACAACUUGCUGAGUCACUGAACAGAUUGAGAGAAUUGUGGGAUUUGAAAGGAUUCAAAACAGAUCCUGAAUUGGCCCUCUUCCUUCUAGACAGGACAUCACAGGACCCAUGCAGGACCCCCUGCAGUUUGCCUACCGGGCAAACAGGUCAAUGGAUGAUGCACUCGGCGUUCACCACAAUCAUCCCAGACUUCCUUCACAGUAAACUCACCCAGCUCACUGUCCCAGCCCCCACCUGUCAGUGGAUCAAAAACUUGACCUACCUGACAGACCAGAGGCUGCUGGUGAGGCUGGGGAACAUCGCAUCCAGCAUCCGGACAAUCAGCACUGGUGCCCCCCAGGGAUGUGUGCCCUCCCCACUGCUCUUCUCCCUCUACACCAAUGACUGCACCUCAGGAGACCCGUCUGUCAAACUCCCGAAGUUUGCAGACGACACAACUGUCAGGAGCUGCUGA